AUGCAAGCUCCACCAGCUGGUGUAGCGUGCUUCAAGUGUGGAAAGACAGGUCACUGGUCGCGUGACUGCACAGUACCUCCAUCAGAAUGGAUCAGGAAGGCGCUGCCACCUGCAAGGCCCCGUCCAGCAGAAGCUGCCGAGACUCCAGGGCCAGCCUCCACUUAUGAGCGCCAGGAUGCAGCAGGGCCCAGCAGCGCUCGAUUUGGGAGCACGCCCACUCCUGGGACUGCUCCCAGGACACUGCUUAAGGGGCAAGGCUGCUUCAAGUGUGGAAAGACAGGGCACUGGUCACGUGACUGCACCGCACCGCCCAGUGAGCAGCUGCCCAGAGCCCCGUUCAACGCCGGUGCCCUCCCAGCUGCAGAACCUGACCUGCCUUCAGCCAGCAAUGCUGUGAAGCCCGCACCAGCGCGCAAGGCGGAUGCAAAGAAGCCGAGGAAGCGCAAGAUCCGCUUCGAGGAGCUGACGGUGUCUGAGAUGGGCGCGCCGGGGAUGCAGGAAAAGAAUGCCAUAGGAGAGGUCUUCUGUCAAUUUCCCGACAGGUUCGCCAGGCAGUUCAAGGGCAAGGGUCAUGAGGUGAGCGACCUCAGGAAGCUGUUGGAGAUGUACAAGGACUGGCAGCGGAAGUUCUUCCCUCUGCAUGGCUUUGACGAGGCCAUGCAUCAGAUUGCGGACCUUGGCCGCUCCAACCGCCUGAAGGUGGAGCUGAGGGAGAUGCGGCGCGGAGUGCUGAAGGCAGCGGCUAAAGCAGCCGCAGAUGCGGAGGGGCAGCAGCCCGUGGCGGCUGCAGAUGCCAUGGAAGCGGAUCAUGAUGCAGGGCCGGCUGGUGCAUGGGAGGACGAUGAUGAUGAUGACGAGCUGGUGGCCCUGCAGCAGCAAACCUGGGAGGAGGAAGCUGAUGCAGUACCCAUGGACAUGCUGGACGCUGCCAUGCCUGCCGCCCAGGCACGGGGUCCCCAGCCGAUGGACAUCGAUGGCGAUCAGGCACCAGGGCCUUCUUGGCUGCAUGCUGGGGCGGCCGGGCAGGACAUGGGCAAGGGCAACAGCUCUCAGCUCAGCCCAGAGGACGAGGAGCUGCUGGCCCUGGCAGCCGCGCCAGCCUCCCAGCCCCAGGCAGGAUACAGCGCCGCUGCUCCCCCGCCGGAGGAGCUGUCACAAAUCAGCCCAGAAGACGAGGAGCUGCUGGCCCUGGCAGCCGCGCCAGCCUCCCAGCCCCAGGCAGGAUACAGCGCCGCUGCUCCCCCGCCGGAGGAGCUGUCACAAAUCAGCCCAGAAGACGAGGAGCUGCUGGCUCUGGCCGCUGCACCGCUGUCCCCGGCUGCCGAAGAGCACCUCCCAGCGCUGCAGCUUGCUGCUGCUGAGGCAGAGGGUCCUUCGCAGAUCAGCCCCGAGGACGAGGAGCUGCUCGCUCUCGCAGCUGAAACGAUGGCCCAGCCGGAGGACGCGCGCGCGGCUGCCGAUGCAGCAUGCGCGCAGCCGUCGCAGGAGCCCUCGCAGCUGGAUGCUGAAGACGAGGAGCUGCUGGCACUGGCCGGCAUGCUCCCGUCGCAGCCUGCAGCGGGCGCGAGCGGUGCUCAGCCAGCGGAGGCUCCUUCACAGCUGAGCCCAGAGGACGAGGAGCUGCUCGCCCUCGCAGACGCGCCCCAGCACCAGCCUGUCAGGCACCCAGCAGUUGCCGCAGCGGCAGAGCAGCCGCUUGGCAUCGAUGGGACCCAGAGCAGCCACCUGGGGGAAUCUGCGCAGCUGCCUGCAAGUACCAGCCCAACCCAGGCGUCCAGCCUGAAGCCUCCAGUGGGUUGCAGCAGCGCGCAGCAGGCUGGUGAGGCUCUGCAGCUGCGCGCUGGGGCGCAGAGUGAUGUCCAGCCAGAGAGCGCGGCAGUGCACGCAAGCAUGGGCACUGAUGAUGAGGAGCUGAUGUCGAUGGCGCAAAAUUGUGGCCCAUCUCAGCGCGCCGACGUGGUGUCACACCCAGAUGGCAACAGCAGCGGUGACGUGCCUGUCUCAGGUGACGGUGCGACCGACAAGAACGUGCAUGGCUCUCUGUAUGGUGAAGGAAAAGAGAAUGCAGCCGACAGGUCCAACUUGUUGGAGGGCGGGCAUCAAAUUGCAAAUUUGAAGGCCUCUGCCAUAACAGCAGUGAAUGGCGUGCCUGAAGCCAAUGCUCAGGCAGAAAGCGACUUUGUCGGUGAUGAAGACGCAGAGCUGUUGGCGCUUCUUUGA